UAUCGCUGUAGGUAUGAGAGUAUGGAAUAAUGAUGAAAUCAGUAAUUCCUUUUUUUAAUUAAAACUUUUUUUUCAAAUGUUACGAAUUAACAAGGAGCCCGGAGAAUUAAAAACUGUCCGAAAUAAAAGUAAUUAUUUUGUUCAUUUUCUUGAUAUUCAUUAGAAAAACAAAUAGUGACGCGAAUCAAGGAAUCGAUAAGCUUAGAUCGAUUAUGAUGACGUCUUGCUUUGAGCUUCGAUUAUUCGAUUCGAAUCGAAGUCUGAAGAACAGAUAUUACAAAAAAAUGGAGGUAUAGAAUACCUAUCGAUGUCGUAAAAAGAGAUAUUUGAUUUUUUCGAUAUAAUUUAAAAAAAAUAGGUUCCUUUACAUUCUUCCCGACACAGAAAAAAAUUGGAUCUCGGCUUCUGGGUAUAUAAGAUUGAUCCAAUUAGUCGAAUUUUUUAUAAGACAACAUUUUUUGGCGAUUUUAUGAACAAUAAAAAGUGCUCGGGGCAAAAAGAUAUUGGUGUCUAUGAAUUACCAACUCGGGUGCUACAGUAGCUACGGGUAACUUUAGAAACGUGGCACACGUUGUGAGUCGAUAGUACAUUGGAAUUAGUGGUAGUAUAACCUUCUGUAAAUUGUUUAGUAACAUCUGAGUAUACUUAAUUACCCAAUAAAAAUAUGUCUACUUAAAUCAUAUUCUAAACCCCUUUUUAAAGCACUAUUAUACCAAUCUUACCCUUAGAUUCUUCGAUAAAUCGAUAUCAGAUCGACAUGACAACCAAAGAGAAUAAAAACAAGAUGAGCGGUGACACAUCCCUUGAUCCCGUUAUUCUUUGAUUCCAUCGAAGUAUUGAAUACAUUGAAUAUCGCUGUGCUUUGCGAUUUAUUACUUAAUUACCAUUAAGUAUCAUUAGUUAAGUUAUCGUAUUUAAUUUCCAGACUCCUAGUGAGUGAUUUUCCAUGAUUAAUCAUGGAAAAUAGACGGUGCAUAAAUUGCUCCAUUCGUGUACGAUUUUUGCCCUGGCAGUCCUUGAGUGUAGUUGAAGUAGAUACCUUUAACACUUUAGUAUCUUGGAUUUCACCAACACCAAUUUCACGCGAAGAUGUCAUUUGUAUGGAGUGUUUAACUGCAUUACAAAAUGCUCUUCAAGCUGGGCCUGCACCUGCUGCUGUAUUUGGGCACAGAAGUGUGUGUUUUGCAUGUGGUAUAUCUACUUUACGUGCACGCACAGCACCAGUGCAUGCAAAUUCUGAGGAACGAAAUGUUAUUCUGCGUUGGGUAUCUCCACACUUGGUUCCACAUCUAGAAAGAGUGUGCCGAGCAUGUCGUAUGGCAGCUAGAAGAAUUGUUCAACGACAUUCACAACAGGAUGCAAAUCGAGGUGUUGUUAUACAGGCUCCGGAACCAGAAGCUGUACAGGCUCUUGAACAAGUAGCUGUACAGGCUCCCGAACCAGUAGCUGUACAGACUCCUGAACCACCACCACUUCCACAGCAUGACUUAUUUCAGCCACAAAGGAGGCAAGAACCAACCUUUACCUCUAGAAAAUAUAAACGUGUUGCUUCAACCACAAGACACUGUUUAUUUCCUGAUUGUAGAAACGUUGAACGCUAUUUAGUUCCAAAAAUUAUGAAGGAAACUAUUCUAAGCCGCCACAGAAUUUACAUUCCACCUUGUGCUCGUGUAUGUAACCUUCAUUUGAACUGGGAAUAUUGGGACCAACUACAUGCUAGCCAUACAGAUUUUACUAAUUCCCAAAUGGAUAGCAUGCUUGAUAUGUUAGAGAACAUUUCAUUGCAUAAAAUCGACUUUACUAAUAUUCAUUCCAUCCCACCGAACCUAUGUCACUACUGGCUAGGUUUGAAUGCUACCCAGUUCUAUAAUUUGUUGAACAGUAUACCACGAUUGUAUGAAGAAGUACCAGAUGCAAGUGUUGCAUUAAGUAUUUAUUUAACCAAAUUAAGAACAGGAGACAGCAACGAGAGAUUGACUGGACUUUUUGACAUGCCAAGAAGUACUUUAGAACGGAAUAUGAAUAAAGCAAGGAAUAUUUUGAGUGAACAACUUGUGCCUCUACAUUUGGGAAUUAGUCAUAUGACUGUAAGUGAAGUGGCAGCUAGAAACACAGUAAUACCAGAAGGUCUUUAUGGAAACAAUAGAAUGCCCAUAGAAACCAAACCAGCUAUCACCAUUUGUGACGCUACCUAUGUUUAUGUUCAAAAUAGCAGCAAUUAUUUAUUUCAAAAGCAAACCUAUAGUUUGCAUAAAUAUGCAAAUCUUGUUAAGCCAUUUAUGAUUGUGUGCUGCGAUGGCCACAUUUUAGAUUGCCUUGGCCCUUAUAAAGCUACAACUAAUGAUGCCUCAAUAAUGAGCAAAGAAUUCAGCAGGUCAGAAGGGACCAUGCGAUCAUACUUCCGUGAAGGCGAUGUCUUCAUACUAGACAGAGGCUUUAGAGAUGUGGUUGCACAGCUGCAGGGGUACGGAUAUCAGACACAUAUGCCUGAAUCCUUAUUAGAAGGCCACCAUCAACUAACUACACAACAGGCAAACAAGUCUCGUUGUGUAACUAUGUGUAGAUGGGUAGUUGAGGUAGUAAAUGGGCGAAUGAAAAGAGAUUACAAAUUAUUUCGCCAAGAUUAUUUUAAUAAAGCUGCAAAACAUCUUAUGGAAGACUUUCGAAUUGGCUGUGCUCUAACAAACAUGUUCCAUCCUGUGAUCGAAGAUAAACCGGAAUAUUAUGAGUAUGUGGAAAUAGCCAAGCAAAGGUUAAAUAUGCCUAAUCACUUAGCUGAUAUUGUACAGAGGGAACAGCUGAAUAGAAGGCGAAGUAUGUUCAAUAACAUAGAUGGUGACCACCCCCACUUGGAGCAGUUUCCGAGGCUUACCAUAGAGCAAUUAAAAAGGUUUGCUCUCGGGACGUAUCAGCUUAAACAGGCAAGAUCAUAUUACGGCGAACACAUUCGCCAAGAUGGCACGUAUGUCGUCGAAAUAAAUGAAUCUAUUGAGGAAGAUUUGCCAUUAGUUCUAGGUGUUAAUAAUUAUCUUCUUCGUGGUAGAGUAAAGUCCCGGCACGUGAGCAGCCGAACUUACUACACAUAUCUUUUGAUGAACACGAAUGAAGAAAAUGCAAAUACGCUUAAUGCUAUUUCAGGCUACUGUUGUAGCUGCCUAGUAGGCAAUCGCACAGUGGGGUGUUGUGCGCACAUCAUGACCGUCACAUGGUAUCUGAGCUGGGGUCGACAUAAUGACAUUCAUGCACCUGCCCAAUUUUUAGAUAAUAUAUUUGAAGAAUACUGCUAUGAAAAUGAGUAAAUAAUGCAUUCAACUUUAUUUAAGUACAAACUCAUUUUCAGUUUGAAAUGAAAUUAACCAAUCUUUACUUAUAAUCUAUAAAAUUGGAGUGUCUGUCUGUAAUUUCGAAAUAACUACCUCAU